CUGGUCGUGGCACAGCUGUUUUUGUGUACUUUUUUCACGUUAUCUCUCUGGGCACAGAGAAUGACGAAUAAACCGCAUUUAUAUGUUUAACGCGAGCGAAAUGCCACCCAAAACCACAAUACAGCCUGUGCUGGAGGCACUAACCGCCGCGAACACACUGCCACAGAUACCCAUCAUCACAUCGGUGACAUGCUGCUUCGUUUUGGCCGUGCUCUAUGUGGGCAGCCUCUACGUGUGGAGCACAAAACACAAUCGGGACCAUCCGGCGACGAUUAAGCGACGCUUUGCCAGCGUCUCGGUGGUGAUGCUAUUUGCUCCGUUCUUCGUGUGGUACUUCUCAUCGCCGGAGCUGCUCAGCGAGGAAUCGUUUGCCAAGUUGCUUGGCUUUCGCUGGCAGGGAUUGUGGCAGGCUGUGGUGAUUCCCUAUGCCCUGACCAUGCUGCUGUUCAUGGGACCCAUCUUUGUCAACUGCCAAAACGAGUCGAUUGGUUCCUACUUUGAUUUGGACUACUGGCGCGGCUGCCUGCACAACAUCAUUUGGGUGCGCAACCAUGUGAUGGCACCGCUCAGCGAGGAGUUUGUGUUCCGUGCCUGCAUGAUGCCGCUGAUACUGCAGAGCUUUACGCCCGUGACGGCUGUGUUUAUUACGCCGCUUUUCUUUGGCGUCGCUCAUCUGCAUCACAUUGCGGAGCGACUGAGUCUGGGCGUGGAGCUGAGCACCGCCCUGCUGAUCGGUUUGUUCCAGUUCAUCUACACCACACUCUUUGGCUUCUAUUCGGCCUUUCUGUUUGCUCGCACCGGGCAUAUUGUGGCGCCGUUUUUGGUCCAUGCGUUCUGCAAUCACAUGGGACUGCCGGACCUGCAGGAUCUCUGGCAGCAGGAGCUGUGGCGGCGUGUGCUGGCCAUUGUGCUGUAUGUAGUGGGCCUGGCAGGCUGGAUACUACUGCUGCCCCUGGCCACCAGUCCCUCCAUCUACGGGAACACGCUCUACUGGAAUGUGUAGGAGGAUUAUGAGUGGAGUUGUGAAGUUUAUAGCUAAAUUAUUUUGUGUUUUCUGACUGUGGCCAUAGUAUGACACGCGCUCAUAUGUACUUAUUUAUGCAUAUCACACAAAUUCCGAC